AUGAGGCGGGGACGUUUAACUGGCAUUGGCAGUGCGCCACGGCUUGAUGGUGCGACGGGCCGCCUACUGAAACUCAUGGCAUACCUCGGCUGCUGCUGCAAACGUGACGCUGGUGUUGUCGUUGCCGCUGUUGGCGCUGCUGCCAAAGACGACGUUGAUCAUGUGACGACGACGGCCACCACCGUGUCCACCACCACGAUGGCCACAAUGACCACUACCAUGGCGCACACAGCAGUUGCAGAAGACGGCAGCACCACGCCCAAGCCAACGGUUCCACUAGCCACCAGCACACGCCACCACGAUAGGCAACAACCACAACAGCAACCACGCGCACGCAAAUGA